ACCAAUGACGCCUCCGGAAACAACAGCACAUACUGAAUCCCACAGUACGGAGGCACAACCUUCGAGGCUCAGACAAGAUGAGGUGUGGUGGUCUGGUCAUUACAAAUGGUUGGAGAAUUGUGGCUACUUGCUGCGUCCUCGGUAUAAACCAGAUUGGAUUCCGUCCUGGCAGGGAACUUCCAAUAGUCCGUUUUUAUGUGAAGACGGGAUCAAACCUCGGUAUGCUAGUGUGUUGGAUGCAACUCGGAUUUCGGAUGGUGAAUUUGUUAUGUUCAAGGCGGUCCUUCGAAACGACCACCCAUACGAGGUUGAGGUUGCUCGUUACCUCGUGUCAGAGCCUCUUCAAUCGGAUCCUAUGAACCAUUGCGUUCCCAUCCUGGAUGUCCUCCGUCCUCCAGAUGAAGAAUAUGACAUCAUUGUCAUGCCACUACUACGGCGCUACUCUGACCCUUCCUUUGAAACUUUCGGGGAAGCCGUCGAGUGUUUUCGCCAGCUCUUCGAAGGUCUUUAUUUCAUGCACAAGCACCAUGUUGCUCACCGCGACUGCAUGAACUUGAAUAUUAUGAUGGACCCAAAGCCUCUUUUUAUCGACGCAUUUCAUCCCUUUCGUUCGCGUAGAACCCGCGAUCUGAAAGGUGAUGCAAGACACUAUAGUCGCACGCAGCGUCCCACCAAGUACUUUUUAAUCGAUUUUGGAUUGUCUCGUCGGUAUGAUCCCUCUGUCACAAACCCCCUGGAACCGGUCAUCCUUGGAGGUGAUAAAACGGUGCCAGAAUUCAAAUCCCUCAAACCACAAAAUCCAUUUCCUACCGAUGUUUAUUACAUUGGUCACGCUAUUCAGGAAACUUUUUUGGACGAAUACAACGGCUUUGACUUCAUAGAGCCAUUGAUACUGGACAUGGUUCAGGAGAACCCGUCUCUGAGACCGACUAUGGAGCAAGUUAUCGGUCGUCUUGCGAUCAUAUGCCAAGGUCUUAGCACGCGGAAACUCCGGUCCCGAUUGACCGCAAAGCAGGAGGGUCGUUUCCAAAGCCUUUUGAAAGACAUUGAUCAUUGGCAACGUCAAUUUCUGUUUAUUAUUCGACGCCUUCCCGCGAUUCCCCGUCCUAGAGAAUGAAUGGCCUAGAAAUAUCCCAUACAAAUCCGCUAUCAGAAGGAAGACUGUCUUUAUUACAUUGGGUCUGAUCACAGGAGGCUAGGUCUGACUCUAUUAUAAUAGAUUCUAUGCUCACAUUCCCAAGUGUCAAGGAUGAGCAACUGAACACUGCUUGUUC